CUGGUGCCCGGGGAUUCGUUGUAUGGAUCGCACUCCCCUACUGUAACUUCUCAGCUCGGAUCUCUCUGUAUGGCCCCGGCUCUGCUUAUGGCUUCUUACCAGCCUGGGGUGAAAAUAGAAGAACGUCCCUUGAAUAGGAUGCAACAAACUGGUGUGAAGCCGUCCCUGGGCGAGGACAAGCCCAAAGUGCCCGGGAUCCUGCCUUUCAGCGUGGAGGCCCUCAUGGCCGAUAGGAAACCUGGGAGAGACCGGGACCUGUCUAGCCCCACUGGAUCUCCGCUGGCAGGAACAUCACACAGUCCCAGGGUGGGAUCUAUUGCAGCCGGAGAGACCCCCAACUCCCCAAUUUCACUUGGAAACCGUUACCCUGUAGGGGCCAUUAUGCAACUGCCAGAGGAGACGCUGCUCAAGCCUGAGAGUCCCGAGAGAAGCUCAUGGAUCCAAAGCCCAAGCUUCUCACCUUCCCCAACAAGAAGGAUGAGCCCACCCGCCUGCCCUUUGAGAAAGCACAAAACCAACAGAAAGCCCAGGACCCCCUUCACUACAUCCCAACUGCUGGCCCUGGAGAGGAAGUUCAGGCAGAAGCAGUAUCUGUCCAUAGCAGAGAGGGCAGAGUUCUCCAGCUCCCUCAACCUCACAGAGACCCAAGUGAAGAUCUGGUUCCAGAACAGGAGAGCCAAAGCCAAAAGACUCCAAGAAGCAGAGCUGGAAAAGCUAAAAAUGGCUGCUAAACCCAUGCUCCCCCCUGCAUUUGGUAUCUCCUUCCCUCUUGGGACCCCAGUACCCACAGCCUCCUUGUAUGGGACCUCUAAUCCUUUCCAGAGGCAGGCCUUGCCAAUGUCUCCUAUGGGACUUUACACAGCCCACCUUGGAUACAGCAUGUACCAUCUGUCCUAAGACUUGUUUAUGCUCCAUUGAGACUGUGGGAAAGAAGACUUGAGUGAUUUUUUCUUGCACUCCCUAUAUUUUUUCACUAUUUAUGAGUUCCUAGGGAAUUGAAUUGUAGAAAUACUAUGUCACUUCAAUAUGCCUAUUGUCAUCUUGUUAGCUGUGUCUAAAUCAUGAGUUCCAGGUGUCUUGCUCACUACCAGCUUCCCAAGUUCUUAUCCCAGUCCAUAAAGUAUCAGAACCGAGGGGAUAUCUGUAACCUUGAAAGCACCAAACCCACUGCUUCAGGAGUUGUCCUACAUUGUAGGGAAAGGCUUCCCAGCAAAGGUGGUGAGCAGUGUAAAUAUUAUAUUAUAAUAUGGUGCAAACAGGAUUGAGAGUUUGUGCAGAAAAAAUCCAUAAUAAUAACCCAGACUGGGGUAAGAGCACAAUUUUGGGUGGGACCAGCUGCUGUUUAACUGUAAUUUAUGGGAGCUUGGCACCUCCACAGAAUGACAAGAUUGAUAAAGGGAGUUAAUUAUCUCUUACAUAUAAGAGAUACGUGUAAAAUAGUAUUGAAACUUUCACUUAACAGCACUGUCUGUUUGCGUUUCGUUAUUGCAAUUAUAUCCCUUUGGAAGGGAGUGUAUGUAAUAUGUAAUAUAUUGUACAUUUGAAAUUUAUUAUCCUUUAUAUUAUAGCUAUAUUUGUUAAAUAAAUUAAUUUUAAUGUA